AUGUCUGGCCGUGGCAAAGGAGGAAAAGUUAAGGGAAAGGCAAAGUCCCGCUCGAAUCGUGCCGGUUUGCAAUUCCCGGUUGGUCGUAUCCAUCGGCUGCUGCGUAAGGGCAACUAUGCCGAACGUGUCGGUGCCGGAGCGCCGGUAUAUCUGGCCGCCGUGAUGGAAUAUCUGGCCGCUGAAGUUCUCGAGUUGGCAGGAAACGCCGCCCGUGACAACAAGAAGACGCGCAUCAUCCCACGUCAUCUGCAGCUUGCGAUCCGCAAUGACGAGGAGUUGAACAAACUGCUGUCGGGAGUGACUAUCGCCCAGGGUGGCGUCCUUCCCAACAUCCAGGCCGUGUUGUUGCCGAAGAAAACUGAGAAGAAGGCCUAAGUCUGAGUCGCCACGAUCGAUCGUAUCGGCAUCGU